AUGAGUGUUAAUGAGUAUGCCACAACAUUCAACGAGAGGAUGAAGUUAUUCCCUUACUUCGUGACUACUAAACUCUCUAUGAUAGAGAUGUUUGAUAAUGGAUUGCCAACGGACUUUUGCCUAACGGUCAAAAUGGAAACUAAUUUGAAGACAAUUGUUAGAGAAGUUAAGAAUAUAGAGACUCGGAUAAGAGAAAAAGGUCUAGAGAAAGAUAGAGCAGGAGAAAAGAGGAAGCUUGAGGGAUUCUCAAGAUCCUAUAAGAAAGGAAGAUUCUUAAAGUCCAACCUGGAUGACCAAAAGUAUGGAGGUAGUGGUGGAGUUAAGUGGUGUGAGAAGUGUAAAAAGAGGCACUAUAGGAGAUGCGACACAGAAGUGACUUGUUAUAAGUGUGGGAGGGUUGGUCACUAUCCUAAGGAUUGCACGUUUAAUGAUAAGGUAUGUUACGGAUGUGGGGACAAGCGACAUAUGUCAAAAGAUUUCCCGAAGAAAAAUGAAGCACUAAGACCGAAUGAACCGUUGAAGCCAAAGGCAAGAGCAUUUCAAAUGAUCCUUGAUGAAGCAGGUGACGUUACGAAGGACCAGGAGUAA